UCGUCAUGAUGGGGUUGGACUGUGUAGAAAAAAGAGAGGAGGGGCUGGUUUUAAUAUAAUAGAAAACUCUAUUUUGUAUGCCCUUUGUCAGUCCAAGACGCAUUAAAUCUCAGUGUAGCCUUUUGUGGUACGAAAUGAACGGAUGUUUUUUUUGCUUGAUUAAAAAACGCCGAUUUUAACGGCAUAUCUGUCGAUAAAUUGCGAAAUAGGCUAUUGGCAUAUUUGCCGUUCCAUAGGUGAGACGUAGUUUGUUGGUCAGUAGGUCGACUGGGGUUUUGGAGACGUACGGUGAAAUCCACCCAGCAGCAAACGCCACGUCGCGCUGACAGCAAGAAGGCUUUGAGCAAAGCGCGAGGAUUCUGCUGUUAGCUAUUAAAAGAUUUAUAGAGUUGCAACUCUUCCUGAAGUGGAUGGCAUUAUCCGUGCUCUUCGGACUCUUCAUCCUCAGUCUACAAACUUCUGCGUCUUGCAGUGACUUGAGAUCGAGCAGAGAAGACGUCGAGCGCUUCCGAGUUGAACAGACUUCAGGUUUCAAGCCCAAACGACCUCCGCAUAUCAUCUUCAUACUGACAGAUGACCAAGGUUUCAAUGACAUCGGAUAUCACAGUAGAGACAUCCGCAGCCCGACGCUGGACAAGCUGGCUUCAGAGGGAGUGCGCCUGGAGAAUUACUAUGUCCAGCCGCUGUGCACUCCGUCCCGCAGCCAGCUCAUCACAGGCAGAUAUCAAAUUCACACUGGCCUCCAGCACUCCAUCAUCAGACCACGUCAACCCAGCUGCCUCCCUCUGGAUGUGGUCACACUCCCUCAACGCUUACAGGAAGCCGGUUACUCCACUCACAUGGUGGGGAAGUGGCAUUUGGGCUUCUAUCGGAAAGACUGUUUGCCCACACGUCGUGGCUUUCACACCUACUUCGGUUCGUUGACCGGCAGCGUGGACUAUUAUACGUAUGGCUCAUGCGACGGCAAGUCAUUGUGCGGCUUUGACCUCCACGAAGGUGAGUCAGUGGCAUGGGGGAAAGGGGGGAAGUACUCAACUCACCUCUACACCCAGAGAGUGCGCAAAAUCUUAGCAACGCACGAUUCGACCAGUCAGCCUCUUUUUAUCUUCCUUUCCCUUCAGGCGGUGCAUACACCUCUAAAGCCACCCAAAGAAUACAUCUAUCCGUACCGCCGCAUGGGCAACGUUCCCCGCAGGAAAUACGCGGCCAUGGUUUCUAUUGUUGACGAGGCGGUCCGGAAUAUAACUUACGCACUGCGCAAGUAUGGCUUCUACCGCAAUAGCGUUGUCAUCUUCUCCACUGACAAUGGAGCCCAGCCAUUAACAGGGGGCAGUAACUGGCCCCUACGAGGGUGCAAGGGAACAUACUGGGAAGGUGGCAUUAGAGGAGUGGGUUUUGUGCACAGUCCCUUAAUACGCCAACGAAGAAGGGUCAGCAGAGCCCUUAUACACAUUACUGACUGGUAUCCAACCCUAGUUGGACUUGCUGGGGGCAAUGUGUCACAGCAUCAGGGGUUAGACGGGUUUGAUGUUUGGCCUACCAUCAGCGAAGGAAAGGAAUCCCCACGACUGGAAAUUCUUCACAACAUCGACCCUCUUCAUCGGCGCAGCCGGGGCUCGUUCAAGGACGGAUAUGGAUUGUGGGACACCACCGUGCAAGCGGCCAUUAGAGUGGGCGACUGGAAGCUCUUGACGGGUGACCCUGGCCACGGGGAUUGGGUGCCGCCUCAGGUGCUUACAAACUUCCCUAGCAGCUGGUGGCACCUGGAGCGACAGAUUGAGAAAAAAAAGAAAUCAGUUUGGCUCUUCAAUGUUACAGGUGACCCUUGUGAACGGCAUGACCUUGCAGUGCACAGGCCUGAUGUCGUCAAGGAGCUGCUAGCACGGCUUGCGGUUUACAAUCGCACGGCGAUACCAGUUCGCUACCCACCAGACGAUGCCCGCGCUAACCCCAGUUUGAAUGGAGGUGCGUGGAGACCUUGGGUGGGCGACGAUGAAGAGGAGGAAAACUGGGAUGGAAUUUAUUACAAGAGAGGGAAGAAUCGCAAAAGGAAGAAAUGUAGGCUCUGCAAAUUACAAUCGUUCUUCAAGAAGUUAAAUCUAAAGAUCAUGUCAAAACAAAUAUAGGAUUCUUCUGCUAUUGGACAUCAAUUACAAUAAUAAACUUAAUUGCUGUUUAAGACUUAAAAAGGAAUAGUACACCCAGGCUAUGCAAGAUAUACAUGACUUUCUUUCCUCAGGCGAAGAGAAAGGUUUCGGAGGAAAACAUGCUCACCAAAGACAAUUUUCGACAGUCCUCCAAAAUACCUUUAGACCACUUCAAUGUAAUCAAUGCAAUAAGGGCUGAUAAACAUAUUAUAUACAAAUGCUCGCAUUGGUCAAGUUUGGUUUAGUUCACGACCUCUUGUCUGCAGAUGUCUUUAUUUACAAAAAAUACAGCUCAACAGAAGCAUUUACUUGGUACCGUUUUUUAAAGCUGACAUCUAUAGUUCUGUAAUAUAACAAGUCUAAAAAUACAAAUAUCUCUCAAUUUAUGUGAGCUUAUAAAACCUGCAUGUAUAAGAAUAAUACUACAAUUGUACCGACAAAGGUUACUGUUUUUCUAAUUGUACUGUUUUAUAAGGGUUUAAAAGGUCAAGUUAAUGCAAUGUUGCAACAUUUGGUGAAAUUAUAUUAACUGUGAAACAAUAUUACAGCAAUGGCUUGAACACCUGCAGACCUCUGUUGUUUCAAAUGUUUUUUUGCAAAUGUUUCGCUGCUGAGCACCAGGAGACCAUGAAGAGACAUCACUACAUUUCACUUUAUUAUAAGUACAAGCUGUUUGUUCAGACCGACUGGAUAUUUCUUUUAUUAUACAGUGUGAAGGCAAUCCCCUGUAGCACAUGGCAUUGGUGCAUGGAUGAUAAGGUCUUGGGGUCAGGCCCAGUACCAUUUAGUGACCUCUUUGUGGAACUGUGUGACUGUUCAGAGCUUUCCACAAACCACCCUCUGCCCUCUGAAGGGUGUAAACAGGUGAUGGACAAUAAACAGAAGAAAAAAAAGACAUUUCUGAUUCUUGUUACAGAUUCAAAUUCAGUGAUGUUGGGAAAAAAAUUGUGCAGAGGUGUUCAUAUUUUAUGUCAUUUGUUUUACAUUUCAAUAUAUAAUUUUGAAAUAUGCCUCAUUGUUUUUCACACACAAACAUGGAGGGUAUAUGAAUGGAAGUAUAGGAUGGCCUCAUUGGGUAUUCAAUGCUUUGCAAAACUAGUACUGCCCCCUUGUGAAAAAUAUGUGCAUUUUUGCAUACCUUUAAAAAGACUACUUAUUACACUUUAAAAGAACUGAAUGUAAU